AUGAUGGUGAAUGAUUUAGUGAAAUUGCAGCGGCUUGAUAAACGACUGAAGACUUUAUUAAAAGCACAAUUCUAUAGUGUUGGUACUACGCAAACGAAUAAUUUUACGAGCAAAAUGGAACCCUCAAAAUAUUCACAAACCGACCAAAAUUCUGUGGAAAUAAUGAAAAUCGAUGCUCAAACACAAAUUGACUUCGUAAAUGGAUUAGAAGAUGAGAAAGAGAAAAUUAUCACUUUAUAUGAUUUGAAGAUGCGAACGUUGAAAAAACAUUUAAAAAAUGAAAUAAGAAAAUUAACGAAUGAACAAGGAAAAUAUGUCGACGAAAUUCGAAAUAAUCAUAAAAAAAUGGAAAAUUAUGAAGAAAAAAUUCGUCAACUUAAAGCAGAAAUAGAAGAUCUCAAUGAUAAAUUGGAAAAAAAUAGCAAAGAUGCUAACGUUACAAAAGGUGAUUUAAUAAAAUUACAAACGGAAAAUCGCAUUCUUAUCGACGAUAAUAAAGCACUUCAAAAAGUUUAUCAGGAAAGAUUAAUGCUACACGAAAAAUGUAUUAAGGAUCGAUCAGUAAUCAGUGAACUUCAAAAGAAGCUAAAGAAAAACGAAGAAAUUCAACUCACUGUUCUCGACGAAUUCAAGAAGCUCGAAGAAGAAAGGGAUAAUUUAUUGACCGUGCUGAACGAAGGAAUAUUACGGACUGAAAAAUCGAAUAAAGCCAAAACGCAAUUGCUAUUCAAUGAAAUAGCGGAAGCUGAAGCCGAACUUGCGAAAAUAGAUAUCAGUUGA